AUGGGCAGGGAGGUGGAGCUGGUUGAGCUUCGUUUUGAGGAGACCUAUCCGCUGCGUGAGGGCGUUCUAUGGCCCGGGAGGCCUGACCUAGCAGCUCUCGACUGCGACCCUCAGGGGAAGCAUUGGGGAGUGCGACGGACAUCCGGCGAGCUGGUGUCUGUGAUCUCUGUGUUUGUGAGCCCUGACGGCCGCGAGGCUCAGUUCAGGAAGUUUGCUACGGCUGUGGAGUGCCAGGGCCAAGGCCUGGGCUCUUUGCUCCUGCAGCAUGUGAUUCAGCAAGCACGGCAGCAAGGAGUGCAGCGCUUGUGGUGCAACGCCCGCUCCAACCAGGCGAGUUUCUACGAAAAGCGAGGCAUGCAGCUGGACGGCGAAGCUUUCCUCAAGAAUGGGGUAGAGUACAUUUGCAUGGAGAUGCAGCUCUGUCCAAUGGACAGCUGA